GAAAAACAACAUAAAAAGUUUGUGUCGCAACUUGCUCUGUCAAAACGUUUCAUUUUCCAUUCUUUCUAAAACAAUUAUUGUACGAAUGCGUUGGACUAUAUGAUAUAAUAAUGAAGUCUGCAUUGUUACACGUUUUAGUGCCCUUUUGUGUUUGUGUCGUUUUGGCGAACUCUGGUCUAUUCAACAGCGUUUUAGUCGACAUGAGCUAUGAUCACUACGCCGAGAAGACAGUUGACUACCUACCCUGUUACCUGGCAAUGCCAUUCAACUCCUUGGUCAAUUUGGGAUACAUUUUCAUGGGCAUUUACUGGCUACUUCAACGGACGGACGGUAAAAGAGACACUAGGGCAGAUUACGUCAAAGACAUGUUCGCACUCAUGGCCAUUGCCUACGCACCCGUGCAGUGGGUGCGCCUCGCGACUCUCCUUCGUGCGCCCGCUGUUUUGGACCAGUGGUUCACGCUUCCCAUCUUCGCGUGGGUGCUGGUGUGGUGCGAUUUUAUCGAGCACGGUUGGCGGCCACGGUACAUGUUAACGGUCGAGGUAUGCUCCAUUCUCAGCUAUGGUCUUUCGCUGGUGCACGACCAAGGGUUCGAGGUGGCCCUCGGAUGUCAUAUGGCAUUCGCGGUCAUCAAAGGUGUAGGGGUAAACCGUAACCAUGGGGACUGCCACUCCCGGAGAUACCUGGGUCUUGCGGUACUGUCCUGUAGUGGUUUCGUGUUGCUGAAACUGUUGGAUCACACCCUGGCCCGGUACCGACCGUUCCAACAUCUCACUGGACACUUCUGGUCCAAAGUGUGUGACAUUCUGCAGUUCCACUACACUUUCUGCUUUCUCACGCGCUUCACCAAAACGGACUGAAUAAGUCUGUCCAUGGAUGAUCAAUGGCAAUAGAUCUGAGUCUGUCUGCAACUAAUGUGUGUUAAUUCAUUCAAUUGUCUUCAUGGACUUAAGGGAGCAGAAAUUGUGUCGAAGAAACAACCCACUUCAAGGACAAAUGACAACUGUGUAGGUCAUUCACUGAAGUUAUAUAUCUAGAUAGUAGGUCAAUCACACCUAAUUCAGAAUUGAAAAGAAAUGUAGGUACAGGUAGGCUGGUUUGAUAAAAUGCAGAGGGGAAAAGGCAGCAAGAACUGAGUCAGCCAAUGAUUUAAGACUGAUGAAGAUAUAUAUUUGUUUUUUCUUUGUAAUUUUAACCAAUGCACGACAUCGCGUUCGUUAACAUCUAAUCUCCUAAGAGAUCAACAUCAGUGCAACAUAUAUUUCCAACAAAUGUGUAAAUAUGUCAAAACAAUCAUUGUCAUAAUAUCUCAAAUUGGAGGAAUUAAAACUGUUUUAUGAGAAA